AUGUUGAGAGAUCAAGCGCGAGCUGCAAAUAAGCGCAAUAAUGCACAGACGAACACGCAAGUGGAGGAUAACUCCACGAACGCCAACAAACGUCACAAAACAGACAAUGGUUUACAAAACCAGAACAAGCAAGGGGAGCAGACACGGAAAAAGAAAGAAGCACGUGAAGAACGUGCAUGCCCCUACUGCCUGGUAAUGCCAUACCCACAUCGGUACAGCGAAUGUCCCGAUAAGAAAGCAGUCCAAGCCAAGAAGGCCGAGCAGCGAGCCAAGAAAGAUGUACAGAUAGCAAGACUGUCCAUUACAUCUGGCAAGGCGGAAGACAUCACGGAGG